AUGGCAUCGCAGAGCGACUUCGAGUUCGGCCAGCAGCUGGGCCGAGGAAGCUUCGGAGUGGUUUUCAAAGUUCGGAGAAAAAGCGACGGGCUCACCUGUGUCUGCAAACAGAUUCAGUUGAGCAACUGCAAGCAGCGAGCGCGCGAUGAAGCCAACAAGGAGGUAAAUCUCCUCAGACGAGUCUCACAUGGUUGCAACUACAUCGUCCAGUAUUUGGGAUCGUUUUUGGAGGGUGAGGCUUUGCACAUCCUCAUGGAGUACUGCGAGAGAGGAGACUUGUGCCAGUUCCUCAAGACUCGCGACGAGAGCCUGGAGGAGAGAGCGAUCUGGAAGUAUUUGUUGCAGAUUGGCCUCGGCUUAAGAUGGCUUCACCAGAACAGGAUUCUGCACCGUGACAUCAAGACCCUGAACGUGUUCCUCAAGACCAACGAUGAUGUGCGAUUGGGUGAUCUUGGUGUAGCACGCGUGCUUAGCAACACCAGCUUUGCACACACCUUCGUUGGAACGCCGUACUAUCUGUCCCCCGAGAUUUGCGAGGAAAGGCCAUACAACGAGUUAAGUGAUGUUUGGGCAUUUGGAUGUGUUGUCUACGAGAUGUGCACGUUGAGGCACCCUUUCGAAGCCAAAAACCAAGCUGCACUGCUCAUCAAAAUCCUUCGAGGACAGUUUGCUCCCAUCCAGGCCUCGUAUUCGCAGGACUUGCGCGAGCUGAUCGACGGAUGUCUGCAGCGAGAGCUCCACAAGCGCACCAGGCUUGCAGACAUCUUUGCCAGAUCAGCCGUGCAGUCUUGGGCUGCUCACCUUGCGAUCUCGCUGGAAGCCUGGAGCGGUCCUGUCAGAGUACCAACGCAGAGGCGGCCUCCACAGCCAAGAGCUGCAAGAGCGGGCUCAACCUCAGCCAAGGCGACGCAGGCGCAGGCAUCGCAGGCGCGCUCCGCCAAGGGCAUCCCACGCACAAGGGUGAGAUUAGACCCACGAGCCGGGGCGGGCCGUCGUGAGGAAGGGUCCAAGCAAACACUGGUGGCUCCAAAGACUCGAGUCCCAGACAGGACCCACGUGGCCAAAGGCAUCCAGGAUGAUGGAAAGGCGAAGCCACCACGAUGCGACGGUGAGAAGGCCCGCCUCAAGGCGGAAGUUGCUGAGUUGCCCGACGUGGUUGUUGCUACGGCUCGGACCAGUCGGAACGUUCCAUCAGUGCAGCAGCUGUUGAAGAUGGAUGACUCGCCUGUGAAACGGUUGCUUCAGAGGAAUGGUGGCAGGCUGACGCAGGCUGCCUUGCAGGAAGAUGCGGAGUUAAUUGAAGAAGUAACGAUUCGCCCCGAAGACGCAGAUCGACAGGAUGGAUCUGACGAGAUCAGGGAGGAACUGGAAGAGCCCGAUUCUGAUGGGGAUGGCGAUGCCGAAAUCACGCACCAGAGCGUCUUCGAGGACUCCCUUCUCUACACUGGCACAUCUCUGGGUGACGAUGCUGAUGGCAGCCCCACCAGUCGAGUUGAGCUUGAAUGGAGCGCAGAGGAGGAGCCGUUUGCUCUGACUGCGACACUCGACGAUGGACUCCUUUGCGAUGCUUGUGACCACCGCUUUUUGGAGCCAUCUCGAAAGCAAGAGGCAGACGUUGAAGACGAAGGCUCAAGAACCUCACAUCCGUCUCCAGUUGUGGAGGAGCUGGAGCCCACAGUGGAGGAUCAGCCUCUUUCGGCUUCGGACAGCAGGCUAUUGAGCGAAGCUGGCCGAGCGGAAGCUGAACUUGCGAGAGUCACUUCCCAAAUCAACAGAGUGUACUCGGGUGUGGCUCGAGACCUCGAUAGUGGCGCUCGCGCGGUUUGGGAUGAGCUGUAUGCGCUGUUUCAGGACAUCCGAUUUUGA